AUGUAUUGGAAGUACCGGGUUGCCGUGGUGAUCGCGUUCUUCAUCUGCUACGCGCCGAACCAGUCUCAGCGUCUCAUGGUCGUCUACGUGCAGGACUGGAACGAGAAGCUGGUCGGCAUCUUCCACAUCAUCACCUAUGUGUCCGGUGUGCUCUACUACACGAGCGCCACCAUCAACCCGAUACUCUACAACGUCAUGUCGCUCAAGUUUCGCGGCGCCUUCAAGACGACGCUUUUUCGCUGUUUUCGUCCCCCAAAGAAACAGCGCAGCCCCUUUCUCGCACAUUUCAAUGGCUCGUAUAAAUUUACGAGCAAGCAGGUGCACUCGGACACCUCCGGCACGCAGAUGGAGUGUCCGCAGGGAGCCAACAGCGCCUCGCCCGACUCGCGCGCGCCGCUGCGACCUCGCGGAGCCUCAGAGAAGAUGGACAACCACACCCGAGCGAAGCUCGUCGCAGGCCUCCCGCUGCGUAGCCGCUCUCCAUCGCCCGUGCAGCCUCCCGAUCGGCUCAAUCACAACGAACUCCGAACCCCGUCCGACGACGACCCUUUUGAGGACAACAUCGAACUGUCCGAAUACAUGGUAGAGCUGAACGCCUACUGCCUGAACGACGCAAAGCUGAACAAGACGCUCGUCAACGGCAGCCGCAAGGAUCGCCUCAACAACUAUUCGCCGACGAUCAUCAACGAUCUGAUGAAAUGA